GUUGUAAGGUCCAAUCCCUAUUUUGUCAAUUCAGAAUCCAAAAUCACUCUUACUCUCUCUGCUCCAUUUCAACUCUCUUUCUCUCUGCAUUCCGAUCAUCGACCGGCAAAUACCUCGUUCCCGGCGCCGGAAACUCACCCUCUCACGGCGGUGGAGCAGAAGAAACCGGCGAAACCCACAUCCCGCCGCCAUGCCCGAUAACCAUCCUCGUCUCGAUAACCUCCGCAGUACGGCCCAGCUUCUCCGAGAAGCUACGGCCUCCUUCACAUCCAAUCUAUUUACCUUCCUUUUUCUCUCUCUCCUUAUCCUCUCCUUCCGCGUCGUCGUCGAAAAUGGCACCCAAUAUGUCACCUCCUUCAUUGAUCGCGACCCUUCUCUUAAGGCUCUUCUCUCUCGCCUUGACAUUGCAGGGGAGCAACGCCUCCUACGGACUUCGGAGGACUCGUCCAUGUCUGGCGCUGUUGCCCGUCGCCAGCGCCGCCAACGUCGUCGGCCUUUUCUGCAUCUUACCCGCGUUGGAACCCUAGAUGAUGACAUCUUCUCGGGAGACGGGGAUGACGAGCGCGGCCUUUUUGGAACUAAUCGGAAUCACCCACCUAAUGCCAGUUUCGUUUUUUUAACACAAUUCGGUUCGAUCUCUGGGUUUUCGGAUCUGGUCGUCGAUGAUGGAAUUAGGGUUUCGGAAGUUGUUCGGUCGGGAGUGGGAUUUAAGGCUCGGAGUUCGUCUUUUUCUAAUGAUAAGGAAAGCACUGAUGAUCAGGAAGAAAAGGAUAGAAGACUUGGAGGGGAAAAUGUGCAUCAGGAUAUGGAUAGGCUUGUAGAUUUGCAAUUUUUCGUUAAAGGACUGGAACUUGGUCGUCGGGAUGCUGCAGCUCUGUUUUUCUUUGUGAGUUUUCUGUCUGCUGCUUAUAUCUGGGUGAUGCUUGGCUUUCUUGUCACAUAUUCAUGGGCUUCAGGUAUUGUAUUCAUCGCUGUCCUUAAUGAUCUAACGGAGAGGUUUGGUUCAUUUGUUGGUAUGGUAUGGGAUGGGUCAAGAUUGGGGUUCAAGAGGCUUUCUGGGUUUAUCUUGAUGAGAUGGGCUGUGAGAGAUGCGCUAACCCAACUCCUUGGACUGUGGUAUUUUGGUGAAAUCGAAGAUCAGUAUUCAUUUUUCAAGCUAUUCGUGAGGUUGAAAUUGAUGCCAUUUUCCAUAAUGUCUCCAUGGAUUCGUGGUUAUGAAAAAGAAAUCUCUGGGUUUCUGUUUGCGUGGUUUUUGCUUGAUACUCUUGUCGCAUUCAUCUUUGCUGUGGAUGCUUGGGUGGUCAUUGUGGAUGCAAGGCGGACUGGUAGAGAGAUUUUGAAGGAAGGUUGUUAUUUGAUAUUGACAAUGUUAAACCAGGCUAUCCAAAUCAAGUGUUUGGAAGCCAUCUGUUGUGGCUCUUUCAUGAGAUGGGCUCUUGCAAGAGUUUGUGGAAAACAUGUUGCCAUGUUUUUUCAGUCUGUGGGAGAGGUCUAUUUCAUGGUGGUUUGGCUUACCUUCUACUUUGCUGCUAGGUGUAGAGAUGCCAAAGUGCAGGGACAGAGGUUUGGUCGUAGAGAGUUGGAAGGUCUGAUCGAGGGGGUUAGAUAAUGGUGAAUUGGCGACUUUAUAGGGGCAAGUUGCUUAACGCAAAGGAAAGUUACUGGUAAUUUUUCAUUGCUUUGUGCAUCCCUUUUUUGCAUUUCCAGAUAUCCAGCCGUAUUUGCUUCUGUAGUGUCACAAGCAAUGUCCUCUGUAUGUACCUUCUUUCUAGGCUGCAUGCUACUUGUGUAUAUUUUACAUCAGAAUACUUGACAGGAAUCAAAUCCAUCCCAGUGGGAUGCCUUGCUGACAUCUGUUUUUUGGUGCUAAAAAAAUUUAGGACUUUCUCAAGAAUCUGCUCUGUAGAUAAUACUAUAGGUCUGUUUAGUAUUUUCAUUCCAUUCAAUAUGCGAGGAUUGAACUAUAUAGGCUUGAAUAUGGGAAAACACUGAAGGUUUUCUAUU